AAAGCCACACAGCAAACCCACAACAAAUUGUCAAUAACAAUGAGAAGCGCAAUGCCUAGAAUUCUUCCACUUGCUGUUUUGUUUGUUGUUUUUUAUGUUUCUGCAUCAUGGGCAGCCUCUGGUUCUGUCUAUGACAACUUUGUUCAGUGCCUGAACACAAAAGCAAACUCAUCAUCUUCAACCCCAUUGGCAAACAUAGUUUUUGCCCAAAACAACCCUUCAUACACAUCUGUGCUAAGAGCCUACAUCAGAAAUUCCAGGUUCAACAAAACCUCAACGCCAAAACCAGUGCUCAUAAUCACCCCCUCAGCUGAAUCCCAUGUCCAGGCCUCUGUCCUCUGCGCAAAGCAGCUUGGCAUACAGCUCAAAAUCCGAAGCGGCGGCCACGAUUAUGAGGGUGUUUCUUAUUGGUCUGAUCAGACUUUUAUUGUUCUUGACAUGUUUAAUCUCAGGAGUAUCGCUGUGGACAUCAAAGACGGUUCUGUUUGGGCUCAGGCUGGAGCCACACUUGGAGAAAUGUACUAUAGGAUUUGGGAGAAGAGCAAAGUUCAUGGCUUUCCUGCUGGAGUUUGUGAAACAGUUGGUGUUGGUGGGCACAUAAGUGGUGGCGGCUAUGGAAACAUGUUGAGGAAGUAUGGCCUUGCUGUGGACAAUGUCAUUGAUGCUCAGAUUGUUGAUGUUCAGGGGAGGCUUCUUGACAGAAAAUCAAUGGGAGAAGACCUCUUUUGGGCUAUUAAAGGAGGAGGUGGAGGUAGCUUUGGAGUUAUUAUUUCAUACAAAUUGAAGUUGGUUUCUGUGCCUGAAAUUGUUACAGUGUUCCGGGUGGAGAGAACCUUGGAAGAGAAUGCAACCGCCGUCGUAUUGAAGUGGCAAGAGGUGGCGCCAACCACAGACGAUGGUCUUUUUAUGAGGAUGCUUUUGCAGCCUGUGACUUCUAAAGUGAAGAAGGGUGAGAAGACUGUUAGAAUCUCAAUUUUGGCCGAGUUUCUUGGCAAUGCUGACCAACUUGUGUUAUUAUUGGGGAAGGAGUUUCCUGAAUUGGGUUUGAAGAAGGAGAACUGUAUGGAGAUGAGUUGGAUUGACUCUGUGCUUUGGUGGGCUAAUUUUGAUAAUGGGACUAAACCUGAAGCUUUGCUCAAUAGAAAUCCCAAUGAUGCAAAUUUCCUGAAAAGGAAGUCUGAUUAUGUUCAAACCCCAAUCUCCAAAGAUGGAUUGGAGUGGUUAUGGAAGAAGAUGAUUGAGCUUGGCAAAACAGGGUUGGUGUUCAAUCCAUAUGGUGGGAAAAUGAGCCAAAUUCUAGCCUCUGAGACGCCUUUUCCACACCGUGCGGGGAACUUGUUCAAAAUUCAGUACUCAGUGAAUUGGGAAGAUGCAGGAGAGGAUUCAGAGAAGAAUUAUCUCACACAAAGCAGGAGGCUUUACAGUUACAUGACCCCAUUUGUGUCCAAGAACCCAAGAAGUGCUUUCUUGAAUUACAGGGACCUUGACAUUGGUAUCAAUACAUUUGGUGACAAUAGCUAUGAAGAAGGGAAGGUUUAUGGAUUGAAGUACUUCAAUGACAACUUUGAUAGGUUGCUGAAGGUGAAGACUGCUGUUGAUCCAGAAAAUUUCUUCAGGAACGAGCAGAGUAUCCCUACUCUUCCAAAUGGAAACUCAGACGUGAAUAGCGGGUCAUGUUCCAACUUACCAAUGGGGAAGCUAUUCGUUCUACUGAUAUGCUUGCUUAUCGGAGUUAGUUGAGGGCGGCUUAGUUGAUUCUCCGGUUAACGUAGGACAGAUAUGUAGGCCAUGCGAAUAGUGAGAAUGCGGCACUUUAUAGUAGGUGAUGACAAACUGCUCAUUGCGGCCAUUGUAGAAGUGAUGAGUUAUUUGCUGAUGUAUCCAAGACAAAUUCAUGUCAUAUUCCAAAUUUCAUCCAAGAAUUUUUUCACUUGAA